AUGGUAAGUUAACGGGACGGUGUGAGUUGUGAAAAGCAUGAAGUUCUUCCAUGCCAUGCUCGGAUUUUUUUUCGUCUCUGGUAUUGCGAGAGUUACGUUAUCAUCAUCAUCAUCAUCACCAGUAUCAUCGCCAUCAGUAUCAUCGCUAUCAUCAUCAUCAAUAUCAUUAUCAUCAUCGAUAUUUCCUAAUACGAUCUUCAUUACCAUCAUCACCAUCAUCAUCACCAUCAUCAUCAGCAAUAGAUCACAGAUGACAUCAGUGUUUGAUAAGAACAAAAAAGUGGCACAAGAACCAGCAGCGAGUGUUUCACUGAUGUUCUUUAUACAUUUUGACUUAGCAUGUUCGUUUUAUACAUGAAAAGAAAUGAACAACUACAAACUUGCCUACAGACUUUUGAGGAUAUGUGCCAGUUUAGGCAUUUUCCAAUUCACAAACGCUACGAUUCGUCUCUUCUUCGUCUUUUUUUGUUUAUCUUGCUUGUGGACAGUUUCCCUAAAACAGUGAUAACAGAAAAUGAAUGCAACUGUUGCGAAGAUUUCGUCCAGUUUCGGCAUUUCCAAGAUCUUUUAUUUCCCGGUUUCUCCGUUUUUCUUGCUUGCAAACAGCUCCUGCUUAACUGCUUAACUCUUUUCGCUUAUCCCUCGGCUCCAAGAAGAGCAAAAACAAAUGCCUGUGAUCUGUUGCAAAAUCAAAAAGAAGCAUUCAAAGUAUGGAGCUUUACUUAUACUCGCCUUUGAUAAAUUACGGUCACAUUUCACAUUUACAUUACUUAUUUUUAAACGAUUUUGAGCAGACAUAACUUAUAAAAGGGACAACAAAUUCAACAGGAAUACACUCAAACUGAAUAGUCUGCCGCAUAAGGUGCUAGACUUACACAUGUUUCCUCCGCGGAAUAAAUAAAUAAACUCUACCAAUAACAAUAUUUCGUCCCGUACAUUAUAAGAAGCUAUGUCAACGAGUAUUAUGACGCGAACUUGAGGGAUCUCGGCUUGAUCUCGACUGUUCUUUCCCGGUCGCACGCGGAGCAUUUUCCUCUGAAACGUCCUUAUUUCUCUUCGCCGAAGCAGGUGUUACUCCAGUUGGCGAUCCAAGUUAAGUAGAUCUCUUUGCCUGCAUUAUUACUUCAUCUCGGUUUCAAAUAUUUCGACAUAAUAAGCUUACACAGACACCCGUGAACUUGACGUGUUGACAUUUCAAUGACAAGUUAAUUAAUAAAGGGCGGAUCGGCGGCAUCAAAGGCAUGUUUCCAGGCUCCGCCGCCCUUUUCCCUCCCCAGACUACCUCUCGACUCGCUUCGUUUGCCGACUUUUCUUCUCUUUUUUUGCGGAGCCUGGAUGUCUUAGCGGUUUCUGAAUACUGGCUUAAUUCUUCAGUGAAGAACGCAGAGUUAGAGAUCGAAGGCUACAAAAUUUCCAGACUGGAUAGACAGAAGAAUAUUGGUGGCGGUGUAUGUAUACGCACACGUCAUUCCUUGAAAACGAAGGUGUUAGAAGACCUACAAGUACAACAUAAGGAAAUAAUUGUUCUUGGUGAUUUAAGCUGUGAUCUGUUAAAGAGCUGCUGUGAAAGAAACACCCUGAAGGAUUUGUGUGACACCUUGAAGCUUAAUCAGCUUGUAACUUCACCAACCAGAGUUACGCCGCAAUUACCGUUUUUAAUUGAUGUUAUUUUAGCAACAAAAAUUAAACACCAGUGUUGUCAAGGAAACUAGAGUGGUUGAGUUUGGGGUUUCUAGUUCAGCACUAGAAUGGUUUAAGAGCUACAUGCAUGAUCGCCAGCAGUACGUACGAAUUAGCUCUGAAAUCUGGUAUGCGGAAACCUACACACUGAGUUCCACAGAGAUCUAUUCUGGGACCGGCCUUAUUUAAUGUGUGCAUCAACGAUUUGCCUGGCAUCCCAGAUUAUUGCUCCUUGCCUCGUAGAUGAUUCCAAAUUACAACUAUUAUUCCCAGUCAAGGCCUCUCAGAGCCCCUAUCCCAUUAUAGUCUAUUCUGUGGCCAAUUAUAGACCCCAUCUCAGUCAGUUUNUCCCAUUAUAGUCUAUUCUGUGGCCAAUUAUAGACCCCAUCUCAGUCAGUUUUGGGCAAAUAUGUAAUUUUUGCGAUCCCAACUUAGUCACUUUCUAUUUAUGUAUCUACCUUAUAUUAAAUGAAAAACACUCUAGUUUUCACCAACAGUACAAACAUUCUGGUACGUUUGCUGACCGCUAAUAUGAAGAACUGUCUUACCCCAAAUAUCAGAAUAUGUGCGACCCCAUUUUAGUAACUCUAUUGAAAAUGCGACUCCAUUAUAGUCAAUCCAGUCUUGAAAAUGCAACCCCAUCCAGCGGCACAUCCCCAUUAGCCUCUUAUAAGGAAGUACCCUCCCUGGGACACAAACACUUUAUUAAAUGUUAUAAAUGCUCUCGUCUUUAGCAAACGCUACUACUGUUCCUCUGUUUUGUCUAAGACAACGAACAAGAAUAUCAACAAAUUACAGCAUGUUCAAAACUUCGCAGCGAGGAUCAUAACCCGUCCGUGUACAUAUGAUCUCAUCACUUCUGUUCUUAGAGAACUAAAAUAGCUGCCUGUCUCAUCCAUGCUUGUCUGCCGGGUGGCAUACUGGCUUUUCAAGUGCUUAAGGGGAUGGGCUCCGGACUAUCUGGCCAAAAAAAAAUAAUAAAGCGAGGUCCUUAAAUUCACAACAGAGACACGCGCAACAAGAAUAAGAUAGACAUUCCCAGCUACAGAACUGCCUUAGGUCAAAGGACCUUUCAUUAUCAGGCCGUUUCACUGUGGAACUCCUUACCCGAAAGGCUCACUAAGAUAACAAGCAUUGGGGCAUUCAAGAAGAAACUUAUGCGCUAUUUAGAAUCGUUUUACUAAGCAGUCUAUUUUUAAGACAGGGUUACUUAUUAUUUUUGUCUUCUUAGGCAAUACCUCUGUGCCUACCAAACAAUUGCACUUGGGAUUCUGAGACAGGUCUGAGGGUUUCAUCGGAAGAGGAACGUCGAUACCUGUAUGUAGUGGAAGACGCCCUUGAACAACUCAGGAAAAUAAAAGGUAAAUCAGUGGCACAAUAUCAUUAAUUAAAACUUCCUAUUUGUCAGUUGGGAUGAUUGAUGAUGGUAAUUGAACCGAGUAAAGUGCAAUUUGGUCUGAAAUCACACGCAUGAUUUUAAAAUCAGACGAGUGCGAAGUGCGAGUUCAAUUUAAAAUCACAAGUAAUAUUUCAGAACAAAAUUGCACGACACGAAGUUCAAUUACCACUUUAUUGCAGCCAUUUUGAUAUCUCUGAAUUCAGCCAGUACCAAAUUAUAUUGAUCUAGUCCUCGGUUUGUUGAAAAGUGGAAGCAAAAGGGCCGUUUCAUCUCAUUCUGAUGCGACUAUAGAGCAAAAAUGAUGUAAUUUAGAACAAAAAUGAUGCAAUUUAGAACAGAAAGACGCAAUUUAGAACAGACGUCAUUAAGAGCAAAAAAUAGUGCGAUUCGUGAAUAAUUAUCACACUGCUGAGAACCAAUCAUGUUGUAGGGAUCACCAGUGAUUUUAAAAUGGAGAUGAUAAAAGGUAAUACUUAAAUUAACUAAUUAAUGAAAUUUGUUGCAUAUAUGAUUUAAGUUAUAGGAAAUGAACGAUGCACUUUAUUACUUUGCGUUAAUUUGACGCAUCUUAAUUUACGUCAAUGUUAGUUUAUAACUUACUCCGGGAGAAGAGUUCGUUUAAAUCACACCAUUACAUUAUUGUUGUUUUACAGCACCUUUAUUUCAUAACAAAACCUCGGCUGCUCAUAGUUCUCAAUACCUCGGAGUCACUAUCUGGCAGUUCUUCUGUGAGAAUUGAGUUCAAAAUGUCUUUCGACUGGUCUUUGUAUUGAUCCGUUUCCCCAAGGGGGUUAUACCAUAAACUUCUUCAGUCUUUGUAACAAUGAGAUAACAAUAACUGGAAAUGCUGCUUUUUUCUCCUUUCGCGAUAUGUAUCUUGAGAAGUUUGUAUUGCAGCGAAUUCGCGUAAAAUAAAGUUAGCCGCACAUUGUUUUCGAAAAUUUAGCGUUAAUUUGAUGUAUGUAAACCUAAUUUUAAACAGUAUUUGUGAGAAGUUUUUGACGGAUAAGUUGAAGCUUACAAAUGCUUUUUGCUGGAGGUGUGAAUGCGUCAAUAUGGUCAGAAGACGUUCAACAGAAGCAUUCUCUGCGAAUAUUUUUUACGUUGUCUACAAGCAUUUGCAACCUGUUUUCUGGAGAUGAAUGAAGUAUACUGGGAACUAAGUUUGAUCUUUAUGGUAUUGAGUUAUGUCUACAUAAAAGCGAUUUUUAUGUGGCCUCGCGGUUGCUCUUGAGAAGACAAUCGUUUCUUUCGUACGUAUAGCAGUACAUCGAAAACAAGAUAGCGGAAGAUUGUUGUUAGGACCCAAUACGAAAACGUCGGUACGAUCAUUUUUCAUUAAACAAUUAUCCUAUAUGCAUUUAAUUGUUCUGAACAGGAAAACUCUAAAACUGAACUUAAUUGUUUCAGGUAAUACUCAAGGGUUAAUUAAGUGUCCAUUUUUUCCUUGAAACUUUACUUUUCACCUUUUACUGGCUUGUUUAUCUCGAAAUGUCGUCUUCCUCCCCACAUCAAGUUAAAGAUUAACGAAACCAAGAACACUUCCACGAAUGGUUUGAUAAAGGCUGUGAAAAAUCGCCUUAUGCAGUACUUUUAGCUUUCUUCACCGGUCCUAUCUCGUUUGAGAAAUAAUAUACAUACACCUCAACUAUAAAUUUUAAUUUCAUUUUAUGAUAUGCCGGUAAGAUUGUGUUUUAAAAAUAACUCUAUCAUUUAGUUUUACAGAGGAAACGAAUUACAGCAAUCGGUUUGAAUUCUGAUUUUUUCCACCUCAUUUUGUUGGUACACUGUUUAUCUACAUUUCAUUAUGCAAAUAAAUGUAAGAUUUGGGCGUUUUAAAGAAAAUCUAGCCUAACUCCCCGACCCCAAAAUAGCACGAAAUGAAACGUUAUCAAUCACUUUGAAAUAAAUCAACGCAUUUGUUAAAAAAACAAUUGCAUUUAUUCCUAAAUAAUGCCAUUUUGUGGAUACUACAUUUGUUGAUAUGCUAAUUUGUGAAACAUUUCAUUCAUUGUUUAUGAAGACAAACUUAUCACCUGUAUUGCAUCACAUUCUUGUUUUUAUCGAUAUUUGCUUGAUAAUUUUUUCCCAUAGGGUUCUAUGUUCAAGUUACAUAAAGGGUUCAUCUGAAUACAGUAAAAUACUCUCAAUGGAAACAUAAAUAACAGACAAAUUCACUUUCCUAUUUGUGUUAUGUUUAUUGUCGCAUCCCAACUCAUUUGGGUCCCCUAACAGUAGUUUAUCCUCUGUGAGGUAACGGCAUUAUAUGCACCUCUCUCACAAACUUCCAAUUUUAAGGUUAACAGGCUUCGAAGGUGAACAAACAUUAGCCUGUGAACAGGCUCUCUGUUUGGGGAAAAUAUAGCAAGGAAAGGGAAGGGAAAGUGGGGUAUGUGACACGCUCACUGCUAACACUCAAUAUGAUCAUAUCAAAAAAUUACAAAAGUUCAGUGGAAAGGGGUAGAGAGAGGGAAAAAGGAGGGGGGGGAGAAGGGUGGGGGGGGGGGGGAAAGGGGGGGGGGGGGGGGGGGGGGGGGGGGGGGGGGGGGGGGGGGGGUAGAGAGAGCCUGUAGACAAACAUUUGAGGCCACUAUUCCGCCCUCUUGAAAUUAUCCUGCCGAUCAUCUGUCAGCCGGCAAGAUCGUUAUCUGUCAAUCAAUUUCGCGCGUGAGUAACUCCUGGGAAAAUUAACGGGAAAUGAGCCGUGUUUUGCUCCAUCUGGAAACAGAGUGAAAUGGACCGCGAGCCUAAUUGUCGAUUUUGCAAAAAGUCUUUGAUCUCCGGUAAGAAAAUUAAUACGGUGCCGGUCUUUGGCGUUUUAAGAAAUAAGACCUUGCUGGUUGACAGUGGCCAAGACAGCGUUGUAUAGCGCAAGCAUUUGAAUCCUCAAGAUUUCCCCCUGAGCAAGGAGAAAGCUUUUCUGAUUUAAGCUGCUUAACUUGUGUGCGACGGGCCGUUCGUCUUGCUAGUUCAGUUUCUAAUUUAACAUCCUGCAAUGAGCUAACUUGGAAUGCGAAAGUUAAAGAUACUAUUAUGACUUCUCCAGAACGUGAAGCUCCAAAGACAAGUACAAAGAGAUCAGCACCGCUUCGAUCGCCGACAGGAAUUACACCUUUGGGUAUUAAUCCCGGGACUAUUUAUAGCAAUAAAAGGGGGCGGUAGGCCUACACGAAGUUUACCUCAUGCCAAAAUGCUGCUUGUUCCCAUAAGUUUUUCCCUCUGCUGGGUAAAUUAUGCCCUGGAAGGUUCUACAUUUUCAGUGAGCAAAUGUCUUGUUUCACACUGAGAGGUCAUGGCACACCUAUCAAUUUACUGUGGUUUUUGUCUCUGGUCGGCAGGAUUUGCCCUAUGAUGCAAGAGCAUUUUCUUUGACCUCUUUUGAAGAGAAAAACUUUUUAUUGCGGCUGAAUAAGGGUCUUACUUUUCUCCAAAGCGCCUUUUGGAUCUGAAUAACUAAGCGAUUUUCUUCAGUCCAUGAAUGUAAUGUUUUUCUAAAAUGCUGUAUCACGCUGGGCCCAGCUCGUUAGUCUUCUUUGCAGAAUGUUUGAAAAUUAUCACGGAUAGUAAUUUACAGAUCCAAUGUGCAGCUUAAAGCGAAGCUACAUCAACUAUGGAGAAUUGCAUUGUGACUCGAUAAACUCCAGCUUAGUGUUUGUCUAAAGAUAGAGCGAGUCUUUUGACUGGAGCGCAUAGUUCCUCCCUUGGCAAUAGCUUGUGAACAAGCGUAACAGUCUUUGGAGUGUUUUGUUAUUGCCACUUUGUGAUCUAAUCGCGUGCUACGUGCCGACCAAAAAGCCGAUGUCAAUCAGACCUGUCAACAGUCAGUCUUCUGGCCAAUAAGAACUUGCAUCAGGAUCUUAUGCACAGCCAGCUGGUGCCGUGGAACGGCGGUCCCGAAUGUUUGUCUACAGGCCUUUUUGCUUUUCCCUCUCCCUAGUUCCCCGCUCGACCAAAGGCCUGUUCACAGGCGAAACAAACAUCAUCAGAUAGAUUUAUGGAGUAAUGGCCACUCUCUGUUUUCAUGCAUCACUCCUGCUAUUAAAUAAAAAUGAACAAUGAUACAUCGAUUGGCGGACACGUGAGCUGUUAUUCAAGAGUCGCUUUAAACUAGUAACUUUUUAUAGGAAAUCUCCGUAUCUUUUAGUCUUAAAAUAAUUAUAAAAGUAUUUUUCGUUUUUUGUAUUAUAUAGCUGCAACUGUUUGUCUCUGAUGUUAUUGGUGGUGCGGUGGCUCCAAACUUGCGCGUGCGGCUGUAUGUAACAAUUCUCUACUGAGUGACAAAAAAGUUUGCCGAAGGACACAUGCAACACAAGUAAACCUCAAAAUUUAGGGUUGGAAAGACAAUAAGAGUCACAGUUUUCCGUGUUAUACACAAAAACGUCAAACAACUGCUCACGAAAAACAACUACUCAUUAAUCAAUUAAUUGACGACAUACUCACGUCAUAUAGGUAAUAGAAAUUCGCGCAAGAGAAGAGACAUCACCGCCUAUACAAUCAGAGAAAAACGGUUCUCUAGUGGCAGUUAAGUUAAAACCUCAGAAGUAGCACAAGCUAGCCUAAAAUUGUAAGGAUAGAGAGACAUUUCGAUUGAUAGUUUUCCGCGUUAACACAAAAAACGCCAAAAAAUUGUGCUCGAAAAUAAGUACCACUCAUUUAUCAAUCUAUUGAUGCCAUACCCACGUCAUAUACGUAAUUGUCAAUUUAUAGUAUAUAUAACAAUUAUUCACCGAAGUGGAGGUGGCUAGUGGUGAAUAUUUACCGAACUGCGAAGCAGUGAGGUAAAUAUCCACGACUAGCCACCGACACUGAGGCUGCACUUGAGACGGCCGGAUCGGUACUCAACCAUAAAUACCUUCCUUAAUUUCCAGUGCGAAACUGCAAGGGAGGUUCCGUUACGGGGAAUGUGAAGCAUGCUGAACCUAGACACCUUCUCUUGGCAAGAGAGCCCGUGCAUAUAUAUAUAUUGUUUACUUUGUCAGCGCCUUGCCGUAAGGAUCAGUUUGCCGUUUUAUCUUUUUCUUUAGUGAAAAAAAAUGGCGAUGCACUAUAGCGAACGAAGUAAGCAAGUUUUAGCUUGUUUUUAAACUUGGAAUUAUUUUGAAGGAAUAAUAAAACAAUAAUUGAAUUUGACUUUUGUAGGAUAUGAAGAAUUAAGCCGAUCGAGGAAGGUGUUAUCCCCCGAGGACUUGGGCCUCGGUGGAUAACACCCUCCUCGAUCGGCAGUAUUCUUUAUAUCUAUUGUUUGUUUGUUUUUUAUUAUCAUUUUGCCAUACACACAAUAUACAUAUAAAAUUUAAAAAAUAUAUGAGGCAAGGGAGUCCAAGGAAGCCAAUAAGGCUUGUGUAUAGGACCACCAUUAAAAUUAUGUUAUCUAAUUAAUAAUUACAAUACUUACAUCGGCAAUUUAACUCUAAGUAAAGUAAGUAAAGUAAAACUUUAUGUACACAGGGUAGCCCAUUCAGCUCUAAGGGUGGUCUCCAUAGGGGCCCUGUAACUUAAAAAAUUAAUUAUUUAAACUGUGUACGGUUGGACCAGCAAGAUAUAAAACAGUGUCGUCAGCGUACAUAUUUACAGAACACUGUUUGACACAACGUGGUAGAUCAUUAAUGUAGACAAUGAAUAACAGGGGUCCGAGGAUGGACCCCUGCGGCACUCCAGAAGUGGCGGCAAGCUCUUUAGAUGACUGAGAAUCAGUGCGCGCGAACUACUUUCUUCCCGUGAAGUAAUUCUUCAACCAUGGAAGGCUUUAAUCGCAUACACCGUAAUACUCUAAUUUGCUAAGUAAAAUGCCAUGGUCAACUGUGUCGAAAGCCUUUGCCAGGUCAAUAAACACAGAACCAGUGACUAAGCACUUAUCCAUAUUCAUGAGAAUCUCGUCGGCGAAAUAGGUUACAGCCGUCUCAGUUGAGUGCAUUCUUCUAAAACCGGAUUGUGAUUUACAGAGCAAGUUAUGAUCGUCAAAAUAACUUGCAAGUUGCUUGUGGAUUAAACGUUCUAGGACUUUAGCCAGUACCACUGGUAAAACGGAUAUGGGGCGGUAAUUUCUUGGAUCAUCUUUUGUACCUGAUUUCUGCAGAGGGGUCACCUUCGCUUUUUUCCAUUCCGCAGGAAUAACGUUUUGUUGGAUAGUUCAAUUAAAAAUGACGGACAAUGGAGAAGUCAGGGCGUCUGAUCCGUCUUUAAGUAGACGAGAUGGAAUACCAUCAACACCUGUAGCUUUCUUCGAUUUUAAUUCUUUAAGAGCCUUACGAACCUCCGAUACAGUGAUCUUUCGUAGUUUAAAUUUUUCUGGACGAUCAAUAUGAGGCAGCCAUUUGAAAAAUGAUCGCGCGCUUGAUCGAUGGGUCGACCUUAAAUCUUCCGCACAAGAGACAAAGAAGCGAUUAAAAAUGUUACUUGUCUUUCGCUUCAUUUUCCAUACGAGCAGCAGCGCCGCUACUCUUAGAGCCAUUUUCAAGUAGUUGUUUUAGAUUUUUCCAGGUCCCACGGGAAUCUUCUUUUUUCUCCCGGAGCUGUUCAUUGAAAUAUCUUUGUUUCUCUUCUCUGAGCUUCAAAGUCACGACAUUGCGUAAGCGCUUGUAAGUGCUCCAGUGGAGUUCAAUGAAGUACGCACAAUUUGUUUGGACAUAGAAAAUAAUCAUUAAAUAGGAUAAAAAUAGAAAAGGCUGAACGUGUAAGUGCAAAAACGAGAAAGAAAAGGUGAGAAAAAAUAAUGCAAGAAUAAACGAGGAAAAAAGCGAAAGAAGCGAAAUCUACACACAAGAAUUAGGAGAGCUUAAGUAUACUUAUACCAAGAAAAAAUGACUUAAGUUUAGAAUUGAACAAAGCAAUACUAGGGGCAUUCUGAAUUUCUGAGCUAAGGGAAUAAAAUAUUUUGGGGCCCUUGAAAACGAAGUGAAAUUUUCUUACAUUUGUCUUGCAGUAGUGCAAACGGAAGGAAUUCUUACUUGUUAUAUGAAUGUACGUAUAUUUUCCCCCAUCAGUUUUGAUGUGUCCACGAUAUUGUCAUGCAGCGGUUGCGCACAUGCGCACGCAAAUUGCCCUCCUGUUCGGCGUGAACUGUUCACUAACAUGCCUAGACAAAAAAUGAUUUGGCGUUAAGGACACUUAACGCUCGCUGAUAAAUAAGCAAACUCUCCAAGCCUGUGGCAACUAUGAUUAGUUCUUCGUCGGUGACAUCACUUCAACCAGAAGCCGGCUCCUACUGCUAUCUACUCCUACAUACGAUUUUCUUCUUAGUUGCUCUAAACACCAUCCCAUUUGCCUCAUCAAUAUGAGGAGCAGCCGGAAGGGAGGGGCUAAAAUGCCAUUCUAUUUCCCUCCGUGGAGUCUUCCGGUGAAUCAUUUCUUUGUCGAUUCACAAGUUCUUUACUGGUUCAGUGACUGUUACAACGAAGUCGUUUCCAUUAAUCAUGAACAAUGUUUUACGUCUCUUACUCAAUUUAACAUUUGAAGUGCCCGACAAAUGAACAGUCUUUCUUUCUGUCGGAUCUGUCUUAUCUCAUUUCGCCGAGGAAAUCAGUCGGGAAAGUUUCUUUUUUUAGUUAAAACAUGACGAGAGAUAAGUCAAGUCAGUUUUCCUUCUCUUUCUUUUUAGAGCCAGUAUGUGUAGUUUCUAUCGCCGGACCGUACAGAAGAGGAAAGUCAUUUGUCUUAAGCGAGGUGUUUGGUCAACCAGAAGUAUUUCCUCUUGGACAUAAGAUGAAACCUGAAACCAUGGGAAUAUGGCUUUGGAUUGUGCCACGAGCAUUUGAGGUUAAUUGUUAUUGUGGUAAUUAUAUUGAAUAAAUACCAUGCAUGCAUCAUCAUCAUCAUCAUCAUCAUCAUCAUCAUCAUCAUCAUCAUCUUCAGCAUCAUCAUCAGCAUCAUCAUCUUCUUCUUCUUCUUGUUGUUCUUCUUUAUUGUUAUUGUUGUUAUUGUUAUUGUUAUUGUAAUUAUAGUGUUAUUUUAAUUAUAUUUGUAUUAUUACGAUAGUCUCUAUAAAAGCCAGAUGAAAAUUAAUUCGUUCUAUCUUUUAUAGGAUUCCACUGGCAGGGAAUUCAAGGUGGUACUACUUGAUACCGAGGGAACUGACGCUGUUACUUCUGAAAGUUAUGAUAACAGCCAGAUUUUCACGUUGACGGUCUUACUGUCUUCGGUUUUGAUCUACAACUCACAAUGUGUUCCUACACGGGCAGAUCGUGAAGGGCUAAAGUAUCCUCUAAACUAUUCAUCUUUUUUCAUUUUCCGAAUUUAUUUUCAUUGCAUUGGGCUGAAAAAAAAUCAUGUCCUAUGAUAUUUCAGUUAACUUUAAAAGGCAGUAAUUCAAUCUUUAUGAGGAGUUAAAUUUCCUUCACUAUUUUUCUAGCUAUAUCGCUAAACUCUCUCAGAGCAUCGAGGGGCCAUCAAAAACAAAAGCUGAAGCUGGAAAAUCGCAGGAAGACUUGAAGUUUUUCUGUAAAACAUUUCCUUUCCUCAUAUGGUUGCUACGAGACGACACUCUGGACCUACCAUCAGAUUGUAACAGCUACAAAGAGUACUUCCUGAAGGAGGUAUACUUUAUUUAA